UGCUCCCGCUUACUCAGCUGUCAGCACUGCGGGAUUUAUCAGCCUCGUGGUCGCUAGACGCGCGUUCGCUGAUGACCCAACACCAACAUGGGCUGGACUCUGUUUCUACCAUUUCUCGUACUCUCCGUGGUCUUUGUUGGGUGCCUGUCUGUUGAAUACGGAUGGCCACCACAGAAGGAGUUCGUGUUCUCCGUGGAGGGUCAGGACUUGACAGGGCUGCCAGGGCUCAAGCCUCAGUAUUCUGGAUUCCGCUACGGGGGAGAGAUACGAGUUCAGAGUCACUCUCCCACGUUUCUUCUUUUAAAGUUCUUCAAAUUUCACCACAUCAGAAUCCAUGAGGAACUUCCUGAAGGCUGGUGGAAUGGGCCAGAUCCAAAGAACUAUACCUCCAUUAAGAUACCGUUUAUACGUUCAACGACUGUUGUGAAGCUCUCAAAAUUUAAGAGUCCAGAAUUAUUUACAGAUGAAUCCAUGGAAGACUGGCAAUUAAACUUUGUCAAAGGCAUUGUCAGCAAUAUCCUGACUUUCCAAGGUCAAGGCAAAUCAUUUGAGCACAGCUCAAACAAGAUGGAACUACCUGAAUCUAAAGAUGUAUUUUCUGUCAUGGAAGAGUCUGUAGUGGGAAGGUGUGAAGUAAUAUACGAGAUGGGACAACUGCCCAGGCAGCUGGCACCACACAACAGCAAGCUCUGUGAAGACCAGGACAUCUGGGAGAUCACUAAGACCCGCAAUUAUAAGAACUGUGAGGUCCUCAGUGAAGAUCACAGUCACCUGCCCGUCCAUGACUGCACUCCAGGAGGUAGCAACUGUGGACAGUUCUGGACAAGAGCUUCAGUUACUCAAAUGAUAGGAUGCGGCAAGAAGAACAGGUUCCUGUUACUCAGUUCUGUGAGUAGUUCAGUAAUAAACACUCAGUUGCAUCUUCAGAACAACAGUCAAGGAGUUCUCAACUCUAAUCUCAAUGUUACUCUUAUCUCCAUCAAUAACAUCGACGAGAAGUUCAGUGCUCCUCAGGGCAAAAAGAACCAUAAGACUCUCUUGUACUCACACACACCACCAAAAAGGGAAUCUUAUGCUCAGCACUGUCAGGGCUCUGGCACUGAGUCAAAUGAGGAACCUUCAGAGGAGUCACAAUUAAAAGAGAAGUUAAGCCAAGAAUUAGGUCACAAACCCUUGAUUAAAGCUCACAAAGAUAAGCGUGAUAUCAGGAGGAAGUUUGGAAGGAUUUACAAGAGAGAAUCUAUUGAGGAAAGAGGAAAUACAUACCCUGACAUCAUAUAUACAUACCCUGACAUUGUACACGAGGACAAUGUAUCAGAAAAGAUGGACCAAAAUGAGAGUAGACUCAGUCCUCCUCAUCAACGUUUUAACAUAUUUGCCGAGGGUCAUCGAAGUCUAUUUGACCUACCCUGUAUGGGCCCUAAACUAAAGCAAGUGGUAGAGGACAUUGCCAGUGACUUGGAAAACACCAAUAUCCUACCAGAGAAGAACAUAUUGGAAAAAUUCACCCGAGCUGUAGAGAUCUGCAGGACUCUUCCCUUCCCAGAACUGUCUGCUGUUAAAGAAGAAGUGUUUGAAAUCCACAGCAGUUCCACUAGUAACGUGAAGAACAGUGAAAGGGCAGUGUUCCGAGAUGUGGUGGUCAUGUGUGGCACCUACCCUGCACUCAUGAUGAUCAAGGACUGGAUCCUGUCCAGACAAGUAGAUAGUGAAGAAGCUGCAGAAAUUAUGACAUCUUUUCCAUCACACGUCAUUUCACCUUCCAAAUAUUAUAUGCAAGAUUUGUUUGAAACAGUACAAGAAAUCAGCAAGAGAUAUGACCAGGUGUUGGUGUCAUCAGCAGUGCUAGCCAUGUCCAAUCUGGUGCGAGUGGCAUGUGUAAACUCCAAGACAAGACAACACAUGUUCAGCAGAAUCGUCCGGCCGGAGUGUGACAAUGAAAUUACUGCACGCUACAUUACGUGGCUGGAGAAACAAAUGGACUCUGAUCCUAACCUCCGCCGGGUGUACAUCCAAGCCAUUGGGAAUGUUGGAAGCCCAGAAACCAUAGCAGUACUGAGAAAAUGUGUUCACAACUCACAGUACUCAUCUUAUCUCCAGACCUCUGCUGUAUUUGCAAUGAGAUACCAAGUGAUACACAAGAGCCCCAAGGUAGUGCCUGUAUUGAUGUCUCUGUACCACAACUACAGCCUGCCUAUAGGGACCAGACUUGCUGCAGUAGCCUUGCUGGUCUACUCUGACCCAGGGAUUGCAGUGUGGCAACGACUAGCAAUCUCCACAUGGUAUGAGCCCAGCCCGGCUGUUGCACAGUUUGUUGCAUCCUCAGUCCGUACAAUGGCUACCUCCCAAGACUCCCUGUAUUCCCACAUAGCCAGAUCAGCUCUUCUGGUUCUACCAUUGACAAAACCAAUCAAAGUAAAAGCCCAUGAGCCCUACAACCUGAUGACCUCAUGGUUUACCAGCGAUAUGGAGAAACAGAUUCUGGAGCAGCUAUCCUGGAUGCGCUUCUACAAUUUCUCUAACCUUUACUACCGACACUCCUCUCGAUCCUCUGGCUUCUUCAGAACUAACAUGGAGGCUUCUUUCAGUGUGGCCAAUAUAGAUGCACUAUGGAAAGCGAUGAAAGAAAUGUUGACACCAUAUAGCAACAUCCCCCAUGCUGAUGUUAAUGAUAAGCCACGUACUCUGACACGGAUACGUGAAGCCUUAGGAUUACACACCCGCUCCUUGCCGCAUCUGGAAGCUGAUCUACACCUCAAAAUCAACAAUAUGGUGGAACGCAUGGUCGUUAUCAACAAGGACACUUUCAAAUCUUGGGUAAAAGAGGGACACAGGAUGGUGACUGAAGGGUUCUUGAAUGGCAAGUCGAUGACAUACCAGAAGACAGACAUGAACUCUUUCCACAUCUCUACAACAACUGAACUUGGGUUCCCUGUGCAAUUCAAUGUACGCACCCCUUGGAUUGUGAAGUCCAAAGCUGAUUUUAACUUGACAGGAAAUAGCCUCAUAUUUGAUUAUGCUUUUGUGUACUCAUCUCAAAUGAUAUCAUCAAUAAGUGUAAUGUCUAGCUGGACUGAUAUAGAGUAUUCUGCCGGUACCUACGCAACAAACUAUAUCCAACUGCCUCCAUUCCGAGCAGUACUGAACUUUAAUCCUGCAGAGCAAGUUGUCAAGCUCACCAUCGCCUAUGUCAACCAGCACCGUCUCUUUUAUCUCAAUAUGCAACCAUACACGUCUCGGCAGAGGAUCACUUAUUACCAACCAAAACUUCUCCAUUCUGACACUAUCAAAAUCAAGCUUGGAAAAUCUUCUCAGACACCCUUGCCCUGGUUAAGCCACUACCUAAACAAUAUAUAUACAUCAGAAGAUAAGGAGCACUUUGACCCCUUGUACUUCCUGAGGCAAGCAAGAGAAGUAAUGGGUUUCCCUCUACUGAUGCCAAAUAUGGAGCACCGAUCUUUUGAAACAGUCAUGAACCCUUUGCACCCUGUCAUCAUGAAUUUCUCCAUGAGUUCAGUCUCAAAAUCAAAUAAAUUUUUUGAAUCAAAAUCUUCACAAGGUUGUGGAUCAGUCUUAAAUGAGCUUUACAAUGCAUUGUUUAAGAAGGAAACCCCAGUUCAAGAGUCACGUACCGCUAUAGAUAUUGUUGACACUGUGAAUACCCAGGUACCAAAGGCUUUGAAAUUCUUUAUGACAGGAAGAUCAAAGCCAACUUCUGAUGAAAAGGAACAAUCAACUGCUCAGGAGAAAGUCUUGUUGGUGGACUCUUUGUCUCACACAGUUGGGAGCUACCAAGUGUUCCCUAUGACGUAUGUAUCGGCCUCUGGCAGCUUCAACGCCUCUGAGAUUGACCCAUUUGUCAACACAAUCAAUGGAAGCUCUCAGUCAUACCUUAUUCAACACGCUCUGUCUGAUAUUAACAGUGGUAAAGCUGUUGUAUUUGCAUUUAAUAUGUGGUCAUACGAUCCAGUCCGUCCCACAAAGCUUACAGCCUAUCUGACCUACUCCACCAGCUACUCUAACCGUGUCUCUCGCUACGGUCUAUUCAUCAGGAGUAACUGCACUGAGCUUAAGCUGACGACAGUGCAUGAAGCCCCGAUAGACAUCGCCACCAAGAUCAAGAGACAACUUUCAGAAGAUCUCCAACAGAAAUUCUACAUAGAUGGUGUGUACAAAACCAAUGUAUACACUGUGUAUGCAUUUGCCAAGGGAAAUGUAGGUCUCAGCCGAGCAAAACUGACUGAACUAAGAACUUCACCUCUGCUAGAGGCCUGUAGCCAGAUGGAGCCUCGGUACUACGAUUCCAUGAUGGACCUUAGUUGCCAAAAGCUGCACGAUGAAAUUAAACAAAUUGGCUAUGGAAGUUUCACUGUCUACUACAAUGAACAUGCCAGAUAUUUCGAGAACAAGGCUCGCACUUACUUGAACACUGCUAGGGUGAUGCUGCCCCAAACAGAGGAGAAGGAAGGGAGAGGUGUCAACACCAUGAGUCUAGUAGCAGAUAUCAACAGCAGAACAGAGUCCGUUAAUGCCUUCAUCACAACACCUGUGACCAGCGUCAAUAUCUAUAGAUACCCUCUAUCCAAACUGCCAAUGGCUACCUUUGUAGAAUGGGUCCUGCAGAACCAUGAGCCAUGGGAGUAUUGUGGUGUAUCCGUGAGUAGAGUGAAGACAUUUGACAGAGCUGAGUAUCGUCACAGAAUGAGCGAAAACUGGCAUCUAGUUAUUCAGGACUGUACUGGAAAAUAUGGAUUUGCCGUCCUUACUCGCCCCGAGGAAGACAAUAACCUGACAGUUGAAGUGAACAUUGGAGAUUUGGCUGUGAUGUCAAUAGCUGCUGGGCCGAAGGUGUAUAUAAACGGACGACUACAGUCUAUGAGCACCUACAAUUCCGUGCUGCACCUCACCAAUAAACAAGGACUAGUCUUGGCACACACCGUCUUCACACCAGACCACUCCCUUCACGUAACACUGCCACAACAUCACCUUGACCUUGUCUACUCCAACACCUCUCUUAUACUCAGGGCAGCCCAAAACCUUCAAGGCCGUCUGUGUGGACUAUGUGGAGAGUACACCAAUUCGGGGAUGGAGCUAUUCCAUACUGCUAAUGGAACAACAGCUAAGUCAUCUGCAGAGUUCUUCGAAUCCUACAGGCUCAAUGACUCAGAUGCUGAACACAUGGAAAUUUGAAAUUAAAAUAUUUCAUCUUUUAAAUUUGAUGAGUUGCUUGAAAUAUAAAUCUCAUCCAGAAAACACAA